AUGCUGCCUUCUCUGGCUCUCCUUCCGGCCAUUGCCGGCCUCCUCCCCUCCGUCUCGGCUGCGGCUCUCUCGAGCAACGCCCAAAAGAUCGAAGACCGUGCCAUCACUCCCCUUGCAUGCCUCUUCUUUGGUGAUAUCGUUUCGCCAUGGUGGCUCAAUAGAUGCAAGCAGCACCUCGACAUGGUGGUCAUUGACCUCCGGUCCGCUGAAGAGUAUGCCGUUUCCCACAUCCCCGGCAGUAUCAGCGCUCCCUUUGAGCCCAUCUCCGCCUGGUCUCAGAUGGGCCCCGGCGAUCUCCUUCUCGAGCUCCCAGAGUACAAUGACCUCGCCGCCUUCCUCGGCUCCAUCGGCGUGGGAAACUCCCCAUCCACCGCCACCAAGAUCGUUCUCGUCAACGGCGUCGGUGUUCCCGCCUUCCCUCAGGCUGCCGGGCCCCGUGUGGCCCUGACCCUCAAGUUUGCCGGUCUCUCCACGGGCCGUGUUGCUAUCCUGGAUGGUGGAUUCCCUGCCUGGACCUCCGAGUCUCUUCCCAGCACCACCGAGGUUCCCGUCCCUGUUCCCAAGACCUUCAUCUCCUCUCCUGACAGGAGCUUCCUCGUCGACAUCAACUACGUCGCCUCCAAGAUCAACAAGAACAGACAGGGCAUCUUCAUCCUCGACGGCCGUGACCAGGCUGUCUACAACGGCUCUGUCCUCGAAGAGUGGGCUCAGAGACCCGGCCACAUCCCUUCGGCCAAGAACCUCCCCACACAGAAGGUCUGGAACCCGGAUGGAAGCUUCAAGAGCACCUUUGAACUUCUCGCCCUGCUCCGCCAGCAAAUCGGCUAUGGCGCUUCUCGUUCAUACGGUGAGAUCAUUGUGAGCUGCGGCGUUGGUGGAUACGCCUCGGGGCUUUACUGGGUGCUCACGAGAAUGCUUGGAUUCGACAAUGUGAAGUUCUUUGACGGAAGCGCCCAGCAGUGGAGCAAUGAGGGCUACCCUAUGGAGUUGUAG